CCCAUUAAUUCCUAUUCCCUUUUGAUCCAUAAACCGCCAUUGCUCUGAUCCAACUUCUUCUGCAUGCUACUUCCCAAUUUCCAAACGCAGAGCUUGCUCUGCACCACUCUGUCGUCGUCAACAUCAUCAGACUAAACAGGUAGCUAGCAGAAAACCCAAAUGGCCGGCGAUCAGAAAACCUUACACAUAGCCAUGUAUCCAUGGUUCGCCAUGGGCCACCUCACCUCCUUCCUCCACAUCUCCAACAAACUCGCAGAGAAAGGCCACAGAGUCUCCUUCUUCCUCCCAACCAACACCCAACCCAAAUUAGCUCCUUUCAAUCUCCACCCCCACUUCAUCACCUUCUUCCCCGUCGCCCUCCCCGCAGUUGAUGGCCUCCCUCCCGGCGCCGAAACCACCGCCGACGUCCCCUUCCCCCUGCACUCCCUCAUCAUGACCGCCAUGGACCUCACGGAGCCCGCCAUCGAAGCCUCCCUCCGCGACCUCAAACCCAACUUGGUCUUCUUCGACUUCACUCACUGGUUGCCGGCUACGGCCCGCCGGCUCGGCAUCAAGACCGUCCACUACUGCACCAUCAGCUCCGCCACCGUCGGUUACCUUCUCAGCCCGGAACGGAAAAUGCUCGAGAAAAAGUUGACGGCGGCUGAUUUGAUGAAACCUCCGCCGGGAUUUCCCAAUUCGGUUAUCAAGCUCCGGGCGCACGAAGCACGUGGACUGGCGGCGGUUACGGUGAAGGAGUACGGUCGCGGUGUGACUUUCGUGCAGCGGCAGUUGACCUCGUUAAGCGAGUGUGACGCAAUUGGGUUCAAGACUUGCAGGGAGAUCGAAGGUGCGUACUGUGAUUAUGUGGAGAAGCAAUUCGGAAAGCCGGUGAUUCUGGCCGGACCGGUGGUACCGGAGCCGCCCACUUCGGUUUUGGAGGAGCGGUGGAGAAAAUAUCUUGACGGGUUUGGCGGUGGGUCUGUGAUUUUUUGUGCGUUUGGGAGCGAGUGCGUUCUGAAAAUGGAUCAGUUUCAGGAGUUGGUUUUGGGUUUUGAACUUACAGGUAUGCCCUUCUUGGUUGCCUUGAAGCCGCCGGCGGGGGCGCAGACGAUGGAGUCGGCAUUGCCGGAAGGGUUCGAGGAGAGGGUGAAAGGAAGAGGGAUUGUCUGCGGAGGGUGGAUUCAGCAGCAGCUGAUAUUGGCGCACCCUUCGGUGGGGUGUUUCGUGACUCACUGCGGCAGCGGGUCGCUGUCGGAGGCCAUGGUGAACGAGUGCCAGCUGGUGCUUCUGCCUCAUGUGGGUGACCAAAUUAUCAACGCAAGGCUGAUGGGCGGAGAUCUGAGGGUCGGGGUGGAGGUGGUGAAAGGGGAAGAAGAUGGGUUGUUCAAGAGAGAUGGCGUGUGCGACGCAGUGAGGGCUGUGAUGGAUGAAGGCAGCGAGGUGGGGAAGGAGGCGAGGGCCAACCAUGCCAAGCUGAGGGCGUUCUUGUUGAGCGACGGGUUUGAGAAAUCAUACAUCGAUAGUUUUGUUCAGAAGCUGCAUGGCCUUUUGGAGUGAUUGGCUUCUAGUUCUAGGGGAAGUGCAAGGGUAAGUCAUAGAAUAACUAAUAAACGAAAUUUUCAUUGGCCUUUUGAUUUCAUGUGAUGACAUAUUUAGUUAGAAAUAAAUCAUUGUCCUUUGUCA